AUGUCAAGGUCGUUCCUGGGGGCGUCGCACGAGCAGACGAAGCAGCGUUUUCUCCGUGGGGCUAUAGACCAGUACAUUGAGGAGCACGUGCGCAAAUGCUCGCCGGGCGACUGCGCCGCUUUCUCGAAGAUUGCCGUCCUCGCUGGCCUGGCCACUGGAACAGGCGCCCGCGGAAGGGAGCUGCGGCGCGAGCACUCGGAGGCCGCCUCGGACAACAACGACGACGCUGCCGCCAACGACCCUCUUGCGAAGGAGGAGGCAGUGCUGAAGUGCAAGAAGUUCAUGGCCCAGUUCAGCAGGGAGGAAUGUACAUUCACGACAUGGGUGAAUUCUGUCAAGGGUUUCGAGAGCAGCGCUGCCAACGCGCAGUUCAAAUGGAACCAUACCAACAACGAGAACAUGCGCCUGGCAAUCUCGCAGAUGUUCGACCAGGUGUUUCCUGUGCACGAGGCCCCAAACAUCGAGAAAGGGGACAACAAAGCGCGCGCAGCGCAUCGCAGCGCCGAAGACUACUAUGGCACAACCAGCAGCACUCUGAAAGUCCACUUGUUGAAUGGUACUUACUGCGGGGCUGUCAAUGAGGACCUACUCGGGAUGCUCCCGCGCCACGUCAGUGCCACAGUGAACCGCGAACCGGAGAGCACGGUGUAUGUUAUCCUCAGUUUCCUGCGGGGCUACGGCAUCUCCACAGAGCGCCAUGCCCCGCGCCUCACGAUGCAGAAGGUCAUCAAGAGCCUCACCGAGGACCCAGACUUGAACCUCGAAGUGAACACUUUCACGCUGUGCUUCGAGAAGCGCCCUACAGGUGGCUGGGCAGGGGGCCCGAUGAGGCCCGAGGGCGCACUCUGUUUCAGCGCAGACAGAACGAAGACGAUGGACUUCGCUUGUCGUUUUUCGAAAUCAGCCCUCUACCGCAAUGAGACGACUGGUGCCCUCUGCAAGGCACACCCCAGGUCGUCCUAUGUGUGCCCCACCAACCCUGCAGUGCAAGGCUACCACUUCCCGGACACCUCGUUGGAGAAAAUGGACAAGCAGCGGUACACAGGCCCGGGCAUGUACUGGCCGCUCGUGAUGUCUCUCCUAUCCGGACUGGGGCUAAAGAGUAAGGACCUGGUCCAUUUCAGGGAGGAGGUCGCAUGCGAUGGUACUUUGGCGAGCACGCUUCUGGAGAUGAUGGCAGCGCCGCCAGAGCAGUUCGUAGUGCCUAAAUUCUCAUGCAGCAUGUUGCUAAGGAUGGGUUCCGCAUCAUCAAUUCGCAACAAUUUGGUGUACUUGGACAAGACCCUUACAAAUUUCGUCAAAUCGCUCAUCAAGAAAGGAUUCCGGGUUUAUGGCUAUGAUCCGCUCCCACCUCUGGACAUGCAUGCGACUUCCCCUGGCCCUUUGGAUCUCUCGCUCUUCAAAGUCACCAUGCCCAUCACUAGCACUAUGACCAUGCAGAUCCGCGAAGAUGAAUGGCUCGCCGUUACAGGCCACCCGGAGGUGAAAUCCCAGGCCGACAAGUGGUUGGAUCACUUCAACGCCCGCCACAACCCGAGUGGCAACUUUUGGGUGGACAGCAAGAAGCGCCCAGCUGAUUUCGCCGCUGAAGGCGACGAAGCGGUCACCCUGCCGAAGCUGUCUCCAGAGGACCCAGAGACCAUAGAGGAGCUCGAGAAGGGAGCAGCAGGCCAGGGCUUGAAGAAGGGGCUAAGCACCCUCCAGACUGGCUUGCUUGUGGCGAAGACGACGGAGGGCGCCGUCUACCUCUACGCAGAAGAUGCAGACAUGGUCGCCCGGAAGGACACCCCUUUGCAUGGUUGGGGGCCGGGGAAAUGGCUUGUGGAUAAAGAGCUGAAAGCAGCGGAAGACAAGACUGCUUCCGCCCCAACCCUCGUCACGUUCAUGUGCAACGAUACUCAAGAGGAGAUCCGCUUCUAUGGAAAGCCGCCAUUCACAGACGCUGCGUUUUCGAGCUCCCCGCAGCCAUUGCGUCAGUUUUUGCAGCACUUGGAAAAGACGCACAAUGUGACAGAGCAUACGUUGGUGAACCACACGGUGGAGAGGACCGACGGCGGGGCUAAUAGCAACCCAGACUACAUUGUCAAGCAGGUUUUGCCAUGUAAGUUUCUACCAUCUAGCAAGGACGACAAGAACUGGUGCGUUGCUGUCACGUAUGCUAAGAUCGCCGCGUCCGAGCGGGUGCGUGUGAUGGUUGACAUCGAGUGCCAGCAGCAGAACACGAUGUGCCCUGGGGACAUCCACCUCUUCCUGAAGCAGGACACCCGGAUCUACAAGAACAAGCUCACGCGCAUCGUGUGA